GUUUUAAAAAUAAAAAUGUGCCGACAAUACAUAUAUCAUCCGCUCAUUGCGUCUCCUUUUCUCUGAGUCAAAAGCCUCACCUGCCCGAUCAAGAAGUGCAAGACAUACCUUCCAUUGCUUCGCUGCUGCUCAGCCUCUCAUGUUAUUCUUUUGACUAACCUCUUUCUCCUUCUCCCACUUCGAACGACGUUUUGCACCAUCGUCCGGCUAGUCGGAAACUCUUUUCACAAAGUUGUUGUUGUUUGUACAUACCGGAAAUAAUGGCUGGAUCGGACGAAAACAAUCCUGGAGUCAUCGGAGCCUCCCGAAAUCAAGGGGGCUUACAUGCUGGCGAAAGAGGGAAGCUCGUGGCAGCGACUGGGCAGAAUCGAAGAGUAUUGAGCACUAUUAACCGGAACCUAAUUGAAGGCCCACCUUUCCCUUGUGCAGUCAGUAAGAGACCUUUAUCCGAAAGAAAUGCAGUCUGUGAUAAGAUCCCACCCAUACCUCAGCAUAGACCUAUUACUAGGAAGUUCGCUGCCCAGAUGGCUAACAAGCAGCAAAUGGAACCUGAGGAAAUUAAGAAACCAAUCCAGUCAGUGCCAGAUUCAAAUGAACAUUGCAGCAUCAUAGAUGUGGAUAACUCGGAUGUGCCAAUGUUUGUGCAACACACAGAAGCUAUGAUGGAGGAGAUUGAGCGGAUGCAGGAGGUUGAAAUGGAAGACGUGGAUGAUGAUGAUGAUCCUCUUGUGGACAUUGACAAUUGUGAUAAAACGAAUCCGCUUGCAGUUGUUGAGUAUAUUGAUGAUUUAUACCAAUUCUACAAGAAAGCAGAGUGUACUGGUUGUGUUCCUCCAAAUUAUAUGGAACAGCAAUAUGAUAUUAAUCAAAGGAUGAGAGGUAUCCUCAUUGACUGGCUGAUAGAGGUUCACUACAAGUUUGAGCUGAUGGAGGAGACCUUGUAUCUCACGAUCAAUCUAAUUGAUAGGUUUUUAGCAGUUAAGCAAAUAGCAAGGAAGAAACUUCAGCUGGUUGGAGUAACAGCCAUGCUUCUAGCCUGCAAAUAUGAAGAAGUUUCUGUUCCUGUUAUUGAGGAUCUGGUUCUCAUUUCUGACAAGGCUUACAGUAGGCAAGAAGUGCUUGAUAUGGAGAAACUGAUGAUCAACACCUUACAAUUCAAUCUAUCGGUUCCUACGCCGUAUGUGUUUAUGAGGAGAUUUCUCAAAGCUGCUCAGUCAAACAAGAAGCUUGAGCUUCUGUCAUUUUUCAUGAUCGAGCUUUGCCUAGUUGAAUAUGAAAUGCUUAAGUUCCCACCUUCUCUGUUAGCUGCUGCUGCUAUUUUCACUGCUCAGUGUAGUCUUAGUGGGUGUAAAUAUUGGAGCAAGACCAGCGAGUGGUAUACUACCUACUCGGAGGAGCAGCUUAUGGAAUGCUCAAGAAUGAUGAUUAGGUUUCACCAGAAAGCAGGGACAGGGAAACUUACAGGCGUACAAAGGAAGUACAGUACAUCUAAGUACGGUUAUGCUGCAAAAACAGAGGCGCCAACUUUUCUAUUGGAGGCUUAAAGUUUCUAGCACAGCUUGCUGCUUAGCAUUGCCAUCCAUUGAUAAAAAUCCAGCCUAACUAGGAAUUGUGCCCCCUUCUGCAACUUAAGUUGCCCCCUCCCUUUGAGUUUAUAAAUAUUUCAUUUCUUUUGAAAAUAUUGUAAAAGUGAUUACAUGGUUUGAUAUUUCAUUUCUUUGGUCCCAACUUCAUUCUUUUACGUGUCAAUGCCACCAUCCAUCAUCACUAACGCCAGAUUUUAACUUCUGCAAAUUCCUUCAAAUAUUUUAUGUUGUAAGCGAAAGUUGUUACCAUCGGUGCCCAUUUAAGAUUAUCCUUGGAACGAACGUGGUGUUAGGAUUGACAGCGAGCCAAAAGCUUUAGACUUGUUGUAAAGCUGGAAAAAAAAAAAGUCGCAGAUAUCCGUUGCUGAAGCAAUAAGAGGAACAAAGGAGAAAUUAAAAAGUAAAUGAAAAGUUGUCAUUGCUGGGGUACAUAAAGUGAUUCUCAGCUUAUGCGGUAGAGAAAUGCAGUGUGGUAUGACACUGAUCAAUUGGAGUAUUUAGAGAGUAAAUAGGGUUCGAGAGGUGAAAAGAUUGUGAAGAGAAUUCCUGAUUUCAUUUCAUAAUUCUACUUGUCCUUACAAGGAAAUUGCUGUCGUACCAGGACGGUUAUUUUUAUACAGCUGGCAUAACAGAAAAUAAAAUAGCUAAUAGCUGAGUCAUCAAUAACUCUGGACCAUCUCUUUUUGUUGGACUGUGCCCAUCAAUAGAUCUGCUCCCAAUAGGCCCAUAUCUCAGUGUUGCGUGAUCUAUCAAUUGAAGGCCCUCUUUCUUCAUUUCUAUCAAAUCCCUAAUUCCCUUUUGACUCGAUCGAUUAGGAUUUUUUCCUCCACUUCCCUUCCACCUUUCUUCGUCUGUCUGAUUACUUUCCAAUUUCGUCACAUGCAGCACAAAAUUUAUUAAAAGGAUAAGCAUGUCAAAGAUUUGAAUAAAGUAUUUUGAUGUGCGUACCAGAAGCUGGCGUUCAUUGUGGCUUUCUGCAUUAAGAUUUGACAAGGAACCAAACUAGGGAAAAAAAAAACUCAUCAGAAAAUGAGUGAGUAUUGUGGAUUCAUAUUUAUGUAUAAAAGGAAGAGAGAGUUGGGCUCAUGUCCUCUUCAAUUUGAACAAUUUUUGUGAUUCUUAGUUUGGUUGUGAUUGGAAUCCACUCCCCAGCAACCAACAUUGAAGGCUAUGCUUAAAUUCAUUCACAGUGGGGAACGAGGACUUUGGUACCUUGUUAAUUGUUGCUCCAGUUCCUUCCGUUGUCUGACAAAAACAUGGAAUCUCUCUUCUUCGUCAGGACUGCUGCAAAAUGCUUUUAGAAUGCCUCAACAGCUACCUUACUAAUUUAUAUGCUAUGAAAUAAUUUGAUUUGGGUAUUUCGCUGGAGCCAUGCAUAUAUCUUUGGUUAUGGGUUUUUUUUUUUUCUCUUUUUUGUAUCAAAUAAAAAUAAUAGAACCGGCCAAGUAAGCUGCGGUUUCUUUGAGUUUGGUAAAAACAAGAAGAGACCCCUUUUUAUAAUAGCCGAUUAUAAAAACAAGAUGUGUACAUAUUACAUGCACUGCAGGGAUGGAGUUCCUCCAAGAGGAAGAUGGUAAUACAACAUGAGUUUUUAUCCAUUAUGCACAAGUUCAAUGGACAGGAAGUAGCCAACAUUGCAGAUAUGUUAGUUUCCCUGCAAGUGAGCACAAUAAGGCGGUUGUAUUGUGUAGCUAACUACUGAACUUUGCUGCAGGACCCUGUCCCUCCAAUUCUUCAAGUGAAUUCAUCAAUCCCAUCAUGUAAACUCGUCCAAAAAACUUGUGAAAGGAAUUCUGGAAUGCACUUUGACUACUGCACAACUUUUAGGAAUAUUAUUCUGGUGGUAAGUUUUUUGUAAGGGUUGCGUUUGCUUAUUAAAUUUUGUCAGUGGGAAGCAGUGAAUGAGAUAGUGAUAAAUGUGCAAAGAAUCUGUAAGCCGAGUCAAUAUGCAUAAUGGGUUGUAAUUGGACCAAAUGCACUGCUUCUGCUUCCUCGAACACUAGGGGUGACUUCAACUGAUAAUGUAUUUUUUUAUGAGUUUUGACUUGAGGAGAA